CAAUAUAAGAAAAUGUAGAAUAAGGGAAGUUUUAAUUGAUUCUUAACAAAAAGUCAUCAGUUGACCAAAAAAAUUCUGAACUGAAGAUAAGGGGAUGCAUAGACGCAAGUUCGUUCUGAAGCCUUAAUUUCCAGUCAGUGAGAAACCAGCUAUUUUGUAAUUUCCUUCGUCAAUGGCUCUUGUUAGAGCUGAUCAUGGAGCCGCGUCUUCCAACACAUCUCAUUCUCGAUGUAGUCAUCACGUUUUCUUGAGUUUCAGAGGUGAAGAAACUCGCUACACUUUUACCGAUCACCUAUAUUCGGCCUUGGUCAACGCAGGAUUUCGCACUUUCCGAGAUGAGGAUGAACUCGAGAGAGGAGAAGGUAUCCGGCCAGAACUACAGAAAGCAAUCCAACAGUCUCGAAGUUCUGUCAUUGUGAUUUCUAAAGACUACGCAUCUUCAGGAUGGUGCCUGGACGAGCUUGUCAUGAUACUUGAACGCAAGAGAAUCUCCGAUCAUAUAGUUUUACCAAUAUUCUACGAUAUUGAUCCAUCCCAUGUGAGGAAACAGAGUGGAAGUGUUGCAAUAGCAUUUGCUAGACAUGAGAAAAAACAAUCUCUGGAGAAGUUGAAUAGGUGGAGGGCGGCACUUACCGAAGUUUCGGAUCUAGCAGGCAUGGUGCUACAAAACCAAGCUGAUAGGCAUGAGUCGAAGUUUAUAAAGAAAAUUGUUAAAGUGAUUGAAGGCAAACUAUGUCGCAUCCCCUUAAGUGUUAGCCCUUACCUGGUCGGAAUGCAGUAUCAGGUUGAAAACAUCAUUUCAUGGUUACAAGAUGGAUCAUCUGAUGUUAGCAUAUAUGGAAUUUCUGGGAUUGGUGGUAUUGGAAAGACAACCAUUGCGCAAGUAGUUUAUAACUCAUUUUUCAGAAGUUUUGAAGGAAGCAGUUUCCUUGAGAACAUCAGAGAAGUUUCAGAACAACCCAAUGGCUUAGUUCGACUACAGAAGCAACUUCUUGCUGAUAUUUUGAAGGGAAGGAAAGUGAAAGUACAGAGUGUCAGUGAGGGAAUAAUUAAGAUUAGAGAUUUCAUAAGCACCAAAAAAGUACUUCUUGUCCUCGAUGAUGUUGAUCAUCUAGGUCAGUUAGAUGCAGUAGUUGGUAUGAGAGAUUGCUUUUGUCCAGGAAGUAAAAUUAUUAUAACUACUAGGCAUUCUGGGUUGUUAAAGGCUAGUCAAGUUGUUAAGGUGCAUAGCGUUGGAACUUUAAAUGAUGCUCAAUCACUGGAGCUUUUUAGUUGGCAUUGUUUUCGACAGGACCAUCCAGUUGCAGGUUACGUCGAACUUUCAAAAGGGGUAGUUAACCACUGUGGAGGACUACCGUUAGCUCUUCAAACUUUGGGUUCUUCUUUAUCGGGGAAAACGUUAGAUGUAUGGGAAAGUGCAUUAAAGAAACUGAAUGCUAUUCCAAACAGUGAAGUCUUGAGCAAGCUUAGAAUAAGCUACGACUCUUUACAAGAUGACCAUGAUCAAAAUUUGUUCCUCCAUCUUGCUUGUUUCUUUAUUGGAAUGGACAAGGAUGUUGUGGUCAAAAUAUUAGAUGAAUGUGAUUUUUACACAAUUGUUGGUAUUCAAAAUCUUGUUGAUAGAUGUUUGGUAACAAUCAAUGUAAAUAAUGUGGUGAGCAUGCAUCAAAUGAUUUGUGACAUGGGAAGAGAAAUUGUUCGACAAGAAUCAAGGGAGCCGGAGAAACGCAGUCGAUUAUGGGAUCCCAAAGAUUCCUUGAAUGUACUGAUGAGAGAAAAGAAAGGUUCAGACACAAUUGAAGGUCUUGCCCUGAACAUGUACCGGUACCCUGUCGUCUUGGAAACCAAUGCAUUUGCAGGGAUGCACAAACUGAGAUUACUCCAACUUGGUUAUGUAAAACUGACUGGAAGUUGUGAAGAACUUCCCAAGGGGUUGAAAUGGUUGUGCUGGCUUCAGUUUCCUUUGGAUUCUAUACGCAUCAGUUUUCCUUUGGAAAGCCUGGUCGUUCUAGAAAUGUCUUGCAGUAGCUUGAGAAAACUCUGGCGGGGAACAAAGCAUCUUCCAUCUUUGAAGAUCCUUGACCUCCGCCAUUCCCAUGACCUGAUAAAAAGCGGUGACUUCUCAUUGGUCCCCAAUCUAGAGAGACUGAUAUUUGAAGAUUGUUCAAGCUUGGUUGAUGUCCAUGAAUCUGUUGGAAACUUAGAGAAGCUCGUAUACUUGAACAUGAGGGAUUGCAAAAGUAUUGGCAAACUUCCAAAGAACAUUUGUAUGCUGAAAGCACUAGAGACACUUAUUAUAUCCGGUUGCUCAAAUCUUUAUGAGUUUCCAAUGGAGGUUGGGAAGAUGAAAUUUCUGAAAGUUCUUGAAGCAGAUGGAAUUUCAAUAAAUCGAUUAGUCACAACUUCUGGGGAAGCCGAAUCAUGGCCAAGAAAAAGUGUUGAUAACUUUUGGGCUUGUUUGUCCUGCACUUUAGUUCAUUUAAGUCUUCCACAUUGCAAUCUUUCUGAUGAUGCUUUUCCUUCUGAUGCUGUUAACUUAUACUCAUUGAAGAGUUUGGAUCUCAGCAAUAAUCCAAUUUGUAGCUUACCAGAUUUCGUCAGAGGCCUUAGAGGGCUCAAUUCAAUGUUACUUUGGGGGUGCAGAGAUCUCAAAUCACUUGUAAGGUUACCAAGAGUAAGAACUUUGGAUGUCCACUUGUGUGAAUCCUUGGAAAGUGUAACGUUUCAAUCGAUAUCGUGCAUACCAGAGUCAAUAGCCUUGAUUGCUUACAAGUCCCAACUAGUUGAGAUUGAGUACUGGUUCAAGUUGGAAGCCAUUGAAAAAGUGGAUUUAGAAAUGAUCAAGCUUUUGUGUUUGUGCAACUUGGAAUCCAUGGAACGCAUUUGGAUGCACACCCCAUAUAACAACGCUGAAGUGACGAUGCUUCCCAUCCAGGGACUGUAUGAAUAUGGUAUAUUUAGCACAUUUCUUCCUACAAAGGGAAACGACGUUCCAGGGCAGUUCAGCCAUACAAGUAAAGGGUCAUCACGUUCAAUGUCCUUUACUGUGCCUGCACCUUUACUUCCUAAUCAAAGGAUCCGAGGCUUGAACAUCUUCUGUGUAUAUGCAAACUACGAUGUUGACGUCAGGUGCAUUGAUCCAAUAAUAAUUAGAGUCAAUAAUAAGAGCAAAGGUCUGAAGUGGAUCUAUGGACCAACAUGUUACGGCAUUCCAAGCCAUAAUGAAAAAGAUGUGGUAUGGUUAAGCCAUUGGAAGUUGGGAAAUCGAUUGGAAGCUGGCGAUGAAGUUACUGUUACAGUAUUUCCAUUUGAACCAUUCCAGAUAAAAGAGUGGGGCUUCCAGGUUGUGCAUGAGCAAGAAGGCAAAAUAAGUAACCAACACAACACCACAUAUCCAGAUGAUAAUGACGUUAUUGGUAAAUAUUGUGCAGAUUUUUCCGAAUUAUACCAGGUGAUGCCGGGAACAUACUUCCUCUGCGGUGGACCUAUGAUAUAUGAUAGACAGUCACAUUUAUUACAAAAAGGGUCAGUUUUGUUCAAUCACAUUAUUGGAGAUUCUGAUGAAAGUGCAGGUGUGUUGUUACUGAUAAAUUGGCAUUACAAGCUUAGUUUAUUGAUGGUAUAUUUGUUUCUUCUCACCGAAAUAAUGUGGACGCUUGCAGCAACAAAAGAAGCAAUGAGAGACCGAAAAAAGUUCUGCAGUCGGAGUGGGCUUGUUUCCAUUACUGGUGCUGUGUCUUUGAUUUGCAGUCCAGGCCGCAUUUCAAAAGAAGGAAGGAAAUCCCAGCCAAAAAUUAAAUACACUAGUUUAACCCAACCAAAAGCUCAACCUUUACUAGUUCGCAUUCUCUUUUGCUUUUUCCUUCUUUUGGUUCAAUAUAUUGCAGUUUCUUUUUUGAUAAAGAAGUUUUUUAUCUCCUAUCAAGAUCAUUUAUCCGAGUAACUGGGUUUCACAGAAAUAGCAGAUUAUAGUUGCGUUGUUCUACCUUCAUCAAACAGCACAGGAACAACUUGAGAUUGUAAAUGGGCACCAUAAACUUCAAUCCUGAAAGGAAUCUGUAUCUUUAGGCCGUGACAUUUAUCUUUGCUUAAUAGUUGUAUGUAUUAAACCCUUUUACAACUGUAAUCAUUGUUCGUCGUAGCUUCUUUCCUUAAUUUGUGAUAUUGAUGUUGAAAAGUUCAUAGGAAAAUUUCCUUUUGUUCCUUUGACAGUACUUUUGCACACUUGUCAGACACAAGUUGGAUCUGCGGGCUGUAAAAUGACAAUUUUGCC